GGGACUGGGAACAUGGCUUCUGCUGCCGUGGCAGCACUCGUGGGCUGGGGGCUUCUGGAUUACAAGACAGAGAAGUACGUGCUGACAAGAAACUGCCGGGUGGGCUUCUCUCAGAGGCUGCUUCAGCUGGGAGUGGUGGCCUACGUGAUAGGGUGGGCCCUCUUGGCCAAAAAAGGCUACCAGGAAUUGGACUUGGACCCCCAGAUUUCUGUCAUCACUAAACUCAAAGGGGUUUCCGUGGCCCAGAUUAAGGAACUAGAGAACCGGCUGUGGGAUGUGGCUGACUUCGUGAAGCCAUCACAGGGAGAGAAUGUGUUCUUCCUGGUGACCAAUUUCCUCGUGACACCAGCUCAAGUCCAGGGCAGAUGCCCAGAGCACCCUUCCGUUCCUCUGGCCAAUUGCUGGGAUGACACGGACUGCCCUGAAGGGGAGACAGGAACGCACAGCCAUGGCAUAAAAACGGGUCAGUGUGUGGUGUUCAACGGAACCCACAGGACCUGUGAGAUCUGGAGCUGGUGCCCAGUGGAGAGUGGUACCGUGCCCAGGAAGCCCCUCCUAGUUCAGGCCAAGAACUUCACACUUUUCAUAAAAAAUACUGUCACCUUCAGCAAGUUCAACUUCUCCAAAACCAAUGCCUUAGAUACCUGGGACAGUACCUAUUUCAAGCAUUGUCGCUACGAUCCACACUCGAGCCCGUACUGUCCAGUUUUCCGCAUUGGGGACCUUGUGGCCAUGGCUGGAGGGGACUUUGAGGACCUGGCAUUGCUGGGUGGCGCUGUGGCCAUCAGAAUCCACUGGGACUGCAACCUGGACACCAGAGGCUCUGACUGCCGUCCCCAGUACUCCUUCCAGCUUCAGGAGAGGGGCUACAACUUCAGGACAGCCAAUCACUGGUGGGAAGCCUCGGGUGUGGAGGCCCGGAGCCUGCUCAAGCUCUAUGGGAUCCGCUUUGACAUUCUUGUCACUGGGAAGGCAGGGAAGUUUGCACUCAUUCCAACGGCCAUCACAGUGGGCACUGGAGCAGCUUGGCUGGGCAUGGUCACCUUCCUCUGUGACCUGCUGCUACUGUACGUGGAUAGAGAAGCCCGUUUCUACUGGAGGACCAAGUAUGAAGAAGCAAAGGCUCCAAAGGCAACUAGCAACACCGCAUAGACUGAGCUGAAAUUCACUCCUGUUCUGCUGCUCAAGUGUCUCGAUGGGGGUUUGCACCUGCCCCAUGUCUGUUGCUGCUGGGAUCCAGACAUCCGUGCACCAGGGGCCUUGUCUGGGUGGCUGUCAUCCACGGGCCUAUCCAUUUCUGAGGCUUAUAGCCACUCCCUGCAGGUUAAAGUUUAGGGGUUGGGAAGGAUGAGGGUUCUGGCUUGAGAAAAUCAAGGACAAAUCUCCAGCAGGACUGCAGAGGAGCUUGGGGGGAGUCCACCAGACUCCCCAUGCAGACCCCCUCCUAGGUCUAGCCUGAGAGAGGGAGAAGGCAACAUGGCCGAAUGAUUGAUUGCCUAAUUCCUUGGGCCUCUCUGUCUUCUGGGCGACUCUGCCAUCCAGUUCAAGCCCCCUUGACCUGACUAGGUUUCUCAGGGGCCUAGAAACAUGAGAGGCUGCAAAUCUAGGCCUUCCUGCCAUCAAGAUGUUCCUGACAACCUUGAUGCAUGCUGAAGCACCUGCCUGCCGGAGGCCCUACCUCUGGUCCCGGUCAGAGUGCCAGAGUUUCGAGGUAUGAUCUCCAUGAAGGCCUCCGUGUUUCCUCAGGAAUAGCUGGUUCUGGAUCUGUAUGCACACAGGGCUUCAAUUCCUCCCCAGCUGUAGACUUUCCCCAUGCCCCAGGGCCCAUAGAAAGGAUGACAGGCACAAGGGCUGCAGAAACACAGCCCUUUCUUGGUCCAAGUGUGCGCCCGUGGAAGGAAAGAGGCAGCUGUGUUAUGGAUGCACGGUGACCGAGGAAGUCCCAGAGCCGAGGCCAAAGCUGCACCAGCGUCCAGGAUCACCUGGCUUCCGGAUCCUCCGAAAGGAUGCCGCUCAGGGCUCUGGCCUCCAAAGUACAGAAUGGGAAGGCCUGGUUACUGCAGGUGGGUUGUGUGGACUCAGCAGUCCUAGGGGAUCCCAAGAACCCUGGUAUCAC